AUGAGAUUGAGUGAUGUCCGAACUUUUGUCUUUUCAAUCUUUACCUAUUCGUCAAUCAUUUAUUAUAAGCAAAAAUCUUAUGACAAAAUCUCGGCUCGAAAUGAAUGGAAAACAUUUUAUGAUUAUAUAAUAGUGGGCGCCGGCACUUCCGGUUCGGUAGUGGCCGCCCGACUUUCUGAAGAUCCAAAAGUUACUGUUUUGCUUAUAGAGGCCGGUGGAUCGGAAACGGUCGUCUCAAAUACACCCGGAUUAAGUGAUUCAUUAUUGAAUACAAUAAUGGACUGGAAGUUUAUGUCAAUACCACAGAACGAAUCGUGUCUAUCGAUGAACGAUCAUAAGUGUGUCCUCUCGAGUGGACGAGUAGUUGGCGGCACAUCCUCUAUAAAUCGUAUGAUUUAUUUGCGCGGUAAUCCCAUUGAUUUUGACAAUUGGGAAAAAUCCGGACUAAAGGGUUGGUCGUGGAGGGAUGUGUUUCCGUUUUUUAUAAGAGCAGAGAAUCAAAGUGAUGCCGAACUCUCCAAAAGUGGUUAUUAUGGAGUCAACGGACCACUUGUUAUAAGCAAUAAUAAUCAAUACAAUCGAUUGCUUCAGUCGUGGAUUUUUGGCUCUCAUUUAAGCGGACAUAAAAUAAGUGAUUUAAAUGCCGACUAUUUGGGCGCUUCUGUACUUCAGACUAAUACCAGAGAAGGAAGACGAGUAUCGACUGCAACGGCAUAUUUAGAGCCUAACAUUGAUAGACCAAACCUACACAUAUUGGCCAAUGCUUUGGUAACACAAAUCUUGUUUGAAAAUAAUACAGCAAUUGGUGUAAACUUUAUAAGAAAUUGGCAUAAUUUUGCUGUUUAUGCCAAACAAGAAGUUAUUAUUUCUGCCGGAACUAUCAAUUCCGCUAAAUUAAUGAUGUUAUCAGGUAUUGGACCUAAACCUCAUUUAGAAGAACAUAAGAUACCCGUAAUAUCAGACUUACCGGUUGGCCUCAACUUUCACGAUCAUAUCGGCUCUUAUGGACUCCACUUUACAGUUAACUCUACAUUAGAAGAACCACUUACUGUCCAAAGUUUAAAUCAAUACUUCAAUUCUGGAAAAGGACCGUUAAGUCAAAGCAAAUAUGCGGCCACUAUAUUACAGUCUAAGUAUACCAACUCUAACAUUGAAUGGCCUGAUAUUAUGCUUAUGACAUCCACGACAAGUCCUGGGAGAGAAACAAAUGGUGAUGUCGUAGAGCAAAGAAUUGGACUUAAGAAAGAAGUGUGGAAUCAAUUUUACGGCCCUUACUCUAGUUCACCGCAAUUCACUGUUUGGCCAAUACUUUUACGACCUAAAAGCAGAGGAUGGGUUCGACUUAGUAGUGCCAAUCCAUUAGAUCAACCUUUGAUUCAUACAAAUUAUUUAUCCGAUUCAAGUGAUUUAAAUAUAUUAGUCGAGGCAAUGAAAGAAUCCAUGAGAAUCGUCAAUUCAAAACCUCUUCAGCAAUUAUCUCCCAUCCCUUUUGUAACAUUAGUUCCUGGAUGUGAACCUUAUCUUAUGAAUAAUCAAUCAGUUGAACCAAAAGAAACAUUUAACGAAACAUUAUUUACUGAAUCGUAUAUCAAAUGUAUGAUCAAAUCUCUAACAUUAAGUACUGGUGAUUAUGUGGGAACGUGUCGUAUGGGAUCAGAUGAAAGCGCUGAUAAAGUGGUCGACUCUCGACUUAAAGUAAUUGGUGUCAAUAACUUGAGAGUAAUUGAUGCUUCUGUUAUACCGGAGAUUCCGACGGCCACUACUAAUGCAGUUACUGUUAUGAUUGCUGAACGGGGAUCUCAUUUCGCAAAAAUCAUUAAGCAAAAGUAA